AUUUAAAUAAGAAGCGUGUGUCUAACCGUCGUUCUUCAGGUAUGAAGAAGUGUAACAUUAUAGAAUUGUCUGCAUGUUUAUCAUUGUAAAGUUUGAUAUACAAUAUAUUGGUAGUUUCAGAGCAGUUAUUUGAGACGUUUUAUAUUUUAAUAGCAAAUGGAAUGUAUAUUUGUACGGAAGUUUAGGAGAUUUAUAUAAUUGAAAGUAAUUGUAGAAAGCGUGUUACAACGAAGGACUGUUGUAAAGGACGAGAUGGAAUCUCGAUUACCAAAACCUAACCAUUUUUAUAAAAAAGCUACGACUAUGAUAGAUAUAGAUUUAAAAAAAAAAAACCAAAGCAUGACAAAAAUUCAAACUGGCUUAUCACGUGCAGUAAGCAGUACAAAACUUACAGAUGAUACAAAAAAAGACAAAAAUACGUUAAACAAUGAUGGGAAAUCUAAUAACGAAAAUGAAUCUUUACCGCAAACUACACGUACAAAAAAUAUUGCUGCAAUUACAAGAUCUAAUGAGGCAAUCAAAGCUAUGAAAAGGCCAGGACCAAUUGUGACAACUGCUAAUACAAAGAAACCAAAAGUUAAAGUUAGCGUAAAGGCUAUUACUCCAAGAAAAACAUUAAAAACUGUAUUGAAAACGAGAAAUGGUAUAAAUCGACCUACUGAAAAUAAUAUUAACAAUAAGACUACUGCUACUACUACUACUACUACUACUGCCACUACGACUGCUACUGUCAAUAAAUGGGAUUAUAAAGGUCGUUUCGCAAUAGUAAAUAGCGAACUAAUCAAAUUGCGUGGAAAUUAUAAAGAAAUAUUAAGUAAAAAUACAGAACUGCAAAAAAUGAUAGAUGACUUAAAAGAUAAUGGGAACACAUACAAAUUAAAAUUAGAAGAAUAUGAAACUUUAAAAACAACUUUAUCUAAAGAACUUGAAACGACGAAGGAAGAACUUAAACAAGUACAAAAUGAAAAGGAAGACUUUGUAAAACGUUGGACAAAGGCAGAAGAAGCAUAUAAGAAAGUAACUGAAGAGUUAAAAGAACUCCAAGAUAAAUUUGCAGACCAACAAGCAAAAUUACAAGAGCAAACAAUUGAAACUAAAAAAGUUAAAACAAAAUUGGAACAUGAUGAAAAUCUUAUUAAAGAUUUAACUAUUCACAAAGAAGAAUUACAAUCUCUUGUCCAUCAGAUGGAUAAAGAACGUAGAAUCCUUCAUAAUACUGUACAAGAAAUGAAAGGUAAUAUCAGAGUAUUUUGUCGAGUACGUCCACGAACUCCAAAAGAAUCUUCAAAACCAUUAUGUUUUAUAAAAUUCGUUGAUGAAUGUACUAUAGAAAUAGGAAAAUCAGAUGGUUCAGACAUGGCUAGUUGCAGUGGAAAAGUAAGAAAUGUACGGCAAGAAUUCUCCUUUGACAAAGUGUUUCCACAUAAUGCAUCACAGGCUGAUAUUUUCGAAGAAUUAUCUCUUUUAGUUCAAUCUGCUCUUGAAGGAUAUAAUGUUUGUGUAUUUGCGUAUGGUCAAACCGGUUCUGGGAAAACGUACACGAUGGAAGGAGAGCCUGGAUUUGAUACAGAAGGCAUGAUACCCAGAACGGUACGACACAUAUUUAAAGAGAUGAAAGAAUUAGAGCUCCUUGGGUGGGAAUACAGGAUAGAAGCAAGUUUCUUGGAGAUUUAUAAUGAACAUAUAGUUGAUCUUCUUGACUCGCAAUGUAACAAAAUUCAUGAAAUACGUAUGAGAGAUAAUAGAGGUCAUGAUCUUUAUGUGAGUAACCUCAAAGUUGAAGAAAUACAUAAUGCUGAAGAAUUACAGGACUGUUUAUUGACCGCGCAGCGUAAUAGAGCUGUUGCAGCUACCAAUUCAAAUGAACGAUCAUCUAGAUCUCAUUCAGUAGCACGUAUACGACUAAUUGGUGAACAUAAAACAAAGGAAGAAAUCUGUAUAGGAAAUCUUAAUUUAGUUGACUUAGCAGGUUCUGAACGAUUAAAGGGCGAAGAAGCAGCUAGAACCGCAGAAACAAAGAAUAUUAAUAAAUCAUUAGCUAAUCUUGGUAACGUUAUCCUUGCACUUUUAAAGAAGCAAGAACAUGUGCCGUAUAGAAAUUCAAAAUUGACACAUUUAUUGAUGCCAUCUUUAGGAGGUAAUUCAAAAACCCUUAUGUUGCUUAAUAUAUCUCCUUUAGAUGAAUGUUAUAACGAAACAUUGAAUUCCUUAAGAUUUGCCAGUAAUGUGAAUAAUUGUAAAAUAAAUGUUAAAAGAGUUCGAACUGCGUUACCAAAUAUAUCGAAUAAUUUAUCAUCUAGUUCAACGUCAGAUAUAUAAUGCAAAUUUUUAAUAUUAAUCUGUCAAAGUAUCUUCAUAUAAAUCAAUUAUUUUAUUUGAGAAAUCAUUAUCUAUAAUAUUUUAAUACGUAAUUGAGAUAUAAGCAAAAUAUAUGU